AUGCUGCUCCAGAAGGGUAAUGGCUGCUGCUCCACUGUCUCUACGAGCAGUGACGACGUCAAUGGUGAUGUUGCUGAUGAUGUUGAUGGUACAUCUAGAGUAAAGGACGGCAAUGCUAAUGGCAUUAAGUUGUCUAUGCAGCCGCUGAGGUCAGCUCUGUCCUACUACAUUGAGGAGCAGUGCAAGGAACUGAUUGGUAAUGACUCCGACACCAGUGAGUCCGACCUCACAGUCUCGCUUACCAAGAAGUUCAAGACACUCCCUGAAGAGGACAAGGACAAAUAUCGCAAGAUGGCCGAAAACCAGAGGAAACAGACCCUGAUGACUAGUUUCAUAUCAGCAUCACUCAAAUCUAAACCUAAACCACUAAGUGACAAUGGUGCAGCCAAAAAUAAAGUGAUGAAAUCAUUUCCUGGCGAACCUGCUAAACCUCCGAUGAGUGGCUACAGCCUAUUCUCCAAAAAGCUGCUUUCCGAGCUGACAGAAGUGCCCAGCAAUGAGAGGAUGGGUGUCAUUGGGCAGAGGUGGAAACAGUUGUCUGAGGAGGAAAAGGCUGCCUUCUCUAACAAGGCCAAAAAGAAAAUGAAGAAAUAUGUCACAGAGGUGGAAAACUUUAAAGAGACUCUCUCGCCCUCUGAGUUGGAGACCUUCGAGCAGGUGCUUGCUAACAGAGGAGGAAAGAAGAAGGCCCCUGCCCAAAUUAUGACAGUCAAGAUGUUUAAAUAAUGUACAUCACAUGUACUAUGAGUACAGUUUGCAAUGUUAUUGUUACCUCAAUGCCACACGGUCCUGUAUAGUGUUAUUUUGUGCCCAGUUCAGACGGUGGAUUUAUGGUGCUUAACCGUCCAUGUUACGAGGUGGGCAGAGGUGCUGCGUUUUGUAUUGAGGAGGUUAGGCUUUUAGUUGUGGCAGGAUCCACUAGUUGUUUGUUUGAAUCCAAGAUGAUUAUAGUCUUCUUCGUCUGCAUCAGAAAAUCAGCUGUCUCAUGAUCAAACCCAUAAUUUAGGAAAAAAACAUGUAUAAUCUGUGUUUUUGACACAUCAUUCACAUGUGAUAAUGUUAUUAUCAUUUCAUAAAGUUUUGAUCCUUUCUUAAUUUACCAGAUAUGUAGAUUCUGUGGUACAAAAUUCCAUUUAGCAUAGUAUGCUGAACCUUUUAGGCCAGACCAAUCUUAUUUCUUGUUUUAUGGAUUUUUUGUCCUCAGAAAACCUAAAGGCAGGAGGGAAAAAAAUAAAAAUAAGAUCACCAGUCAAAGUAAUAUUCCUUCUAAAUAUCAAAAGUAUUUUGCUUCUGGCAAUUUAUGAAGUGUAUAUGGGGCCAAAAAACAAUCCAAAAAAUUGUUUCUUGUAAUUUUACAUUUUUGGCCAAUAAAAACAUAAGGAUUUCAUUUUUGAACGGGAAAAUUAAUUUAUAUUUUUUUCUUAUUCUUGAAAAAAUACGACCGGCAGAUCCAUAAAGCAAGAAAUAAAAUUAGUCUGGCCUUACCAUAGUUUGAAGAUUCUGCAAGCCCAGAAUUGUCCCUUAUCAUAGUAUGCAGAUUCUGCAGGCACAGAAAGAUGUAAAUCUUACUUUCUUGGUCCUUAAGUGAUGCUUAUGUUUUUUGCUCAGUUCUUGCAUCUGUGUAGCCAUGUGACUGAACCUGUCAUCAAUAUGAUCAGCUCGGUGACCUAGUUCCGCCUUUACAUGUUGCUUCACAGAGGCAGCAAGUGGACAUAUGAAUGUCUCCAACACUGCCAUACAUUUGCAAGAUAUUUCAGUUUGUAUCAGUUUUAAUUCAUACUUUUCUCCCACAGCAUUUUGUGUAUUUGCUGGCUACCAGAGUAUCAUGGUUUAUAAUGAUGCAUAGCAUUUAGUGAUAUUAGUGCGGUUUUACAAUUUCAUUUUACUUGAUUAUUUUAAUAGCAACUGUUCUGGGUAUUUUGUUACUUUGCAGUUCUCUUAAUUAUAUUGACUAUUCCAUUCAUUUGACCAUUUUCACUUCCCCACUAAAACUGGCAUAAACUUCGGCCCAAGGCCGUACUCAUCACUUUCAUUCAUUCAGAAGAUUCUAGGAAUUGUCAUCAGUGCUUGUUGUCAUGACUUUAUUGUGCCGGGUUUGUUUUGAUUAUAGUUGAGGGAAUGAUCGUUACAGACCACAGUCCUGUACAUACAAUGUAUUUAGUAUAUCAGCGCACUGUUGUUGUAAGUCUAGGUUAAGGUAUGGGAGCUAGGAUUGUUGGAGUCGCUAAUAUAUUGUUUAUAUUUUGUAUAUAUUGUGACCUGAUUUAGUUUGUAUGACUCAACGUAUCUGAGAAUUUGAAAUAAUUCAUUAUAGUUACCAUUUCAGCUGUUGUCUAGCUUCCAUGAUGACCAGCUGUCACCUUAUAGCUUUUAUACUGCUAUUUUCAUCAUUAGACAACAAACUCAAUGAAUAUUAUAGAAAAUGUGUGAAUACUCGUAAAGACCAUAACGGGCAGAUCCUUAAUAUUCGAUAUAAUUUCUUUUGUGUACAUCGGCCUGGAAAAAUCUGGAUUCGUUCUUUUUAAUGAGGAACAGAUGAACAAUCAGUUUGAUUUCAUGAAGCCUGAGGCAUGAAUAUUUUAUCAGUACUUGUUUGUACUGUUUAUUUUUAAUAAUAUAUAUAUGUCUUAAGGCUGUGGUGGAGAAUACUAUCACACAAACUUCUCAUAAUGUCGUAUAGUUAGGCCCAAAUGGUAUUCAGGGGAAUCUGUUAAUGGUGUCUAACACUAGAAUCUCCCUUUAGCGUUCAGAUAAUAAUAUACUGGCUUCUGUGACCUUGAGAUGAUUAGAAUAAUUCCUUAUUUGAUGCACGUGUAACUGUAGACCUUAUUAUACUGUCUGCAGGUACAGAGAGAUCAGCAAGCUAUGAUUAUUAUUAAGAGAGAAGACACAUUGGUAUGAGGGGAAUCCUUCCAUCCAAAAUUGGAUGUCUUAUAUGAUCAGAAUUUGAAAUAAUGUUAAAGAGUUCUUGUAGAGUUCCGUAUGAAAUAGAUAUCUAAGUGAGAUUGCUGGACAUCAUGCAAUGAAAUGUGUUGCUAUGAAUACUAGUACCUGAGUUGUUACAGACUGGUUCAGUUUAGUUGUUGAAACACAACCUGAAUUAAUUCUAAUAAUGUACAAUUUUAUACUUAUACUUAUGUUUAUCUAUGGUUUAGUUAUAUUUCAGUAUUUACCAAUGUAAAUGUUCCUAUGCUGGUACCUUGUUAAGGAUUAGUUGAAACAACAGCACUUUCUUUGUGCAUUGCAAAACUUGUACACUUGUAUAAGUCAUGUUGCAUUUCAUUGCCAAAAAGUAUUUCAUAAUGCAUAUGUAUCAUGUCAGUUCAAGGAAAAAUAAAAUGUGUAUUCUC